AUGGCAUUGAAGUUUCCGUCAAGGGAUGAUUUUCUUGAUAAAUGUCUCAAGGACAUCGAGAUGCCAACAGAUAACGACUGGAACUGCGCUAUCUGCCAAGAAGACAACGCUACCUCAAACAAGACCAGAUUCAUUGCGCUAGAUACAUGUGGCCAUCGUUUCCAUCGUACGUGCACUAGGAGCUGGUUCGCCGGCGGCAACGACUCGUGCCCGCUAUGUCGCCAUUUGUACUAUAAGGAAGAAAUGAUUGUCGAUGUGUCGGAGGUUCUCAACGACGAUAAAGUUGUUCUACUCAUUCUUGCAGACACUGAUCGUUUUUUAAACAUUAAAACCGCGCUUGCAUCCUCCCACGAUCUGGACGAAACGCGAUUCCGGGGCACCCAUCGGCAUAUUGUAGAGAACCCGAACAAGGAAUCUGCCAGUGACCACAGGGAAGAAAAGCACAUGAUUAUUGACAUGGUGAACAAUGUCACUGGGCCUAUUAAAAUGUUCCUUGCUUUGGCACCAACCAAGUUGAUCAGCCUAGCCGAGAUACAAGAGUCUAGCACUCCGGAUAUGUUCGAAGAGUUGACACCAGAAUUGUUGGAUAUGCUUUCUAAAGGUGGCAUAUCUUCUCUAGAUGACAUAGGUCGUCUCAGCCUUAACGAGAAUGGUGGUAGCUCGAAAAGUUCGGUUCAUCAGGAUUGGACUUGCCCUCUCUGCCAUCAACUUCAGUCUCCAUCGCCAACUGUGGUCAAUGCACAGGGACUGCCCAUUUGUGGCCAUACAAUCCAUGAAUAUUGUUACGAUGAGUGGCGCAAGCAGGGUGACGUCAACGAAGACCUUUGUCCGGUAUGCCAAAUUCCUGUUGACUCAGUUGGGUUCAUCAUAGAUUUCACUGUUCCGAUGAGCGCUCCAGACGUCAAAGUGAUGAUUUUGGUUGACAAAUCGCACCUUCUAAAUUUGGAAAAUGUCAUGGAAUCCUCUAUGCCUGUGGAUCCAAAUCGUUUUAAAAAGUUCCUUACGACAAAGGUUACCUUCAGCCUCGACUGCCCACCAAAUUGCACUGAUAUUCAUAAUACUUUAUUCCACAUCCCGACGAGGUGGGCAAAGGAAGGCGGUGCUGAGCUAUUCUUUAUCUUAGGGGACAAUCAGAUCGUCAGGUUGUCACAAAUUCUCGCAGCCGACGAUCCAAAUAUGUUUCAGUCCCCCGAGGUAAUGCAGCAGGUUCUUCGUGAUCCCACCGUAUUGCAAGCAACGUUGGUACCUGAGUUCGUUCACGAAGCCGACAGGAUUGCUGAAAAUGCUACCGCCGGAAACACAAGCAGCGGCCGAGCUUCGCGACGGUCAGCACGUCGUCGUGAAGCACGGCGAGAGGCACGACGACGAGCGCGCGAGGAGUAG